AAUGUGCAAACUCAUGCGCAAUGCUUCAUGGGUAAUGACGUUGUCGUUGGUAAUGAAAAACAUGGCCUCAGUGGUGGUGGUGGUGGUAGUCGUCUAAUAAAUAACACCAUGGCGGAGACCGCGGAAACGAACGAUAAUAAUAAUAAGAAGAAGCUAAAUAAGAGUGUACUUCCGAAGCAUUUAGGAGGUGGCCCUCACGGGUUAGGUGAUCCAGAUGACAAAAGUCUAAGAAAGAUAGAGAGGGAUGUUGUUAUUAUGCAAAAAGUAAGAGAGAGAACAAAAGCUGAGAAAUGUCAUGUGGAAUGGAGAGCAUUUGGAGACUGUGCUGCAGAAAAUAAGCUUCUGAUGCCAUUCCUUUGUAGAAAAGAAAACACGAUUUUGAGAGAGUGUUGUGAAAGAUGGUAUAAAGAUGAGGCAUUUGUAAAAGAAUGUACUGAACAAUAUCUAGAAGAAAGGAGUGAAUACAGAAGGACUGGAAUUACAAAGAAACAAAAACAAUUUGCAAAUCGUAUGUCUGGAGGGUUGUCAUAGAAAUAAAAAUAUUUAGUCUAAUCCAUGUUGAAUGAAUAUUUGUUUUUUGAACUGUAAAUAUACAAAUGUAACUACA